GCCGCCAUUACAGAGAGCAGAGCUCCGGGGCUAGAGUGAGUGGAGGGCGGCCGCGGCCGGUGGCCGAGAACGGAGGGGUGAGCCAGCGGGCCAGCGCUAGCGCCGAGCAACCGUCAGUACCCGCACAAGUACCCCGGGAACCGGCGGCGGCGUGUGCGUGUGGCCCGUGUGCGGGCGGCGGCGCGGGAGGAGCGCGGAGCGGCAGCCGGUUCGGGCGGGUGGCAUCAUGGACGAGAAGGUGUUCACCAAGGAGCUGGACCAGUGGGUCGAACAGCUGAACGAGUGCAAGCAGCUGUCCGAGUCCCAGGUCAAGAGCCUCUGCGAGAAGGCUAAAGAAAUCCUGACAAAAGAAUCCAACGUGCAAGAAGUUCGAUGUCCAGUCACUGUCUGUGGAGAUGUGCAUGGGCAAUUUCAUGAUCUCAUGGAACUGUUUAGAAUUGGUGGCAAGUCACCAGAUACAAAUUACUUGUUUAUGGGAGAUUAUGUUGACAGAGGAUAUUAUUCAGUUGAAACAGUUACUCUGCUUGUAGCUCUUAAGGUUCGUUACCGUGAACGCAUCACCAUUCUUCGAGGAAAUCAUGAGAGCAGACAGAUCACACAAGUAUAUGGUUUCUAUGAUGAGUGUUUACGGAAGUAUGGAAAUGCAAAUGUUUGGAAAUAUUUUACAGAUCUUUUUGACUAUCUUCCUCUCACUGCCUUGGUGGAUGGGCAGAUCUUCUGUCUACAUGGUGGCCUCUCACCAUCCAUAGAUACACUGGAUCACAUCAGAGCACUUGAUCGCCUACAAGAAGUUCCCCAUGAGGGUCCAAUGUGUGACUUGCUAUGGUCAGAUCCAGAUGACCGUGGAGGUUGGGGUAUAUCUCCUCGAGGAGCUGGUUACACCUUUGGGCAAGAUAUUUCUGAGACAUUUAAUCAUGCCAAUGGCCUCACGUUGGUGUCUAGAGCUCAUCAGCUGGUGAUGGAGGGAUAUAACUGGUGCCAUGACCGAAAUGUAGUAACGAUUUUCAGUGCUCCAAACUAUUGUUAUCGUUGCGGUAACCAAGCUGCAAUCAUGGAACUUGAUGAUACUCUAAAAUACUCUUUCUUGCAGUUUGACCCAGCACCUCGCAGAGGCGAGCCACAUGUUACUCGUCGUACCCCAGACUACUUCCUGUAACAAAAUUUUAAACUUGUACAGUAUUGCCAUGAACCAUAUAUUGACCUAAUGGAAAUGGGAAGAGCAACAGUAACUCCACAAAGUGUCAGAGAAUAGUUAACAUUCAAAAAAACUUGUUUUCACACGGACCAAAAAGAUGUGCCAUAUAAAAAUACAAAGCCUCUUGUCAUCAACAGCCAUGACCACUUUAGAAUGAACCAGUUCAUUGCAUGCUGAAGCGACAUUGUUGGUCAAGAAACCAGUUUCUGGCAUAGCGCUAUUUGUAGUUACUUUGCUUUCUCUGAGAGACUGCAGAUAAUAAGAUGUAAACAUUAACACCUCGUGAAUACAAUUUAACUUCCAUUUAGCUAUAGCUUUACUCAGCAUGACUGUAGAUAAGAAUAGCAGCAAACAAUCAUUGGAGCUUAAUGAACAUUUUUAAAAUUAAGUACCAAGGCCUCCCCUCUACUUGUGAGUUUUGAAAUCGUUUUGUUUAUUUUCAGGGAUACUGUUUAAUUUAAUUGUAUGAUUUGUCUGCACUCAGUUUAUUUCCCCUUCUCAAAUCUCAGCCUCAUGUUGUUCUUUGUUACUGUCAGAUCCUGGUGAGUUGUUUUGAACAGAACUGUUUUUUUUUUUUUCCUCCCUCCUGUAAGACGAUGUUACUGCACAAGAGCACUGCAGUGUUUUUCAUAAUAAACUUGUGAACUAAGAACUGA